CCAAUGUUUCCAAAUAAAUCGGUCAUGCGGAAAAUUUGAAUGUUCACAACAAAACGCACCUGCUAUUAUACACUUUUAUCAACCAAUUCUUUUUCUCUUUCCCCCCACUUACUCUCUCAAUCGAUUUUCUCCCUCAUUUUGUGUAUACACUCUCGAAUCACUCGAAUUCACGACGAAUAAGUUGCACCACCGGCGUACGUCGUCUGCUCAUAUAACGACACAACUUUUCACUCACUUUUCCACUGACAGCAAUUUAUAGUUCUUAUCGGAACUCCAGUGAAUUCGGCCUCACACUGUGUGAGGCCUGGAGAUCGCGGGUGUUAAAUUAUUUAUAAUUUUCUAAGUGCAUUUUUUAAUCAGUCAGAGGCUUGCUCGCUGCAAAUCAAGUUCAAGCGUUUCGACGCGUUGCUUAUUCGACAUGUCCCGUUGUUGCCCGAGAAUUUUUUGCUUUCUCGAGGCUUUAUUAUUGUUAAUUUUCGCCGUCGAUCAAGUUGUGCCCAGUGUCAUCGGACGCCUACCUUCAUCGCCUGCUCCCGAUUCUUAUCAAAGUCUAUCAUUGAAUCAAGGCCUCUAUAAUUCUUCCGAUCAUGUUGUUGUUCUCAAUUCCACCAAUUUUAAAAGCACCGUUUACGGCAGUGAGCACGCUUGGCUCGUUGAAUUUUAUAAUAGUUGGUGCGGCUUCUGUCAACGAUUCGCUCCCACAUGGAAAGCUCUCGCUCAUGAGACUCGUGGCUGGAAAAAUGUGGUAACUAUAGCCGCCCUCAACUGUGCGGACGAAGAUAACAAUCCUUUGUGUCGAGAGUAUGAGAUAAUGCGUUAUCCGGAAGUGCGGUACUUUGCCCCGCAUGAGAAUCCUCUCAAAUUGGGAGCGGAUGUGGAAAAAGGGAAAGACCUGGCUGCUUUGCUGGGAAACCUUCUGGCAAAAUUGCGAAAAGAGCAGCAAGAAGAGCGAGGCGCCAAUUGGCCAAAUAUAACACCGUUCAGAAGUUCCGAAGUGAAAAACAUUUGGGAGGGAAUUGCGCCAGAAGCAAAGUAUUAUUUUUUCAUAUUCGAAGAGCCAGAUUCUUAUCUAGGCAUGGAAUUGAUUCUGGAUUUCCGUGAUGAAAAGAGUCUCACCAUACGUUCCGUCACUUCGGACAAUUCUUUGUUGUGUCUGAUGCACAAAAUAAUAAGAUUUCCAAGUAUAAUAGUUUACGAUCGAGAAAUGGUUCAAACUCGAUUGGCUCUGCGAGUGCCAACGAGGGAAGGUGCGAGAAAAGUGAUUGAGGAGUUCAUGCAGUUGCGAGGGCUCGAGAUUCACCUCGAGGAAGUCGAACUAGAGGAGGAAAUACUGGAAAAACCUGUGGUAGAGAGCAAGAGCAAUCGCUCUAGCAAAAAAUGGAAGGAUGAUUCGCUCUACCAAGCCGACCUCGAAGCGGCCCUGAGAUUCUCGUUGAACCAUGAGAUUCCGUUGACAAAAUUGAUCAAGGGAGAAAAAAUGCAGGCGUUGAAAAAUUUCACGAGCGUCCUGGCUUCGUAUUUCCCCGUGAAACACGGUAAUCCGAUGUUCCUCGGAACGAUAAGUUUCGUGGUGCGUUCCAAAGACGAAAUAAGAGGUGAAGAUUUUGCUACUCUCGUAAGUUCGACGGAACAAGAGAUGUCGCCCGUCUAUUCCGAGGAGAACAAGUGGAUCGGCUGCAAACCGAGUAAACCAGGACUGCGAGGAUAUUCUUGCGGACUGUGGACUCUGUUUCACACGAUGAGCGUAAGCCUUGCGGCCAAGAGCGAGGAACACCCCGACCUGGAGCCCACGCAAGUACUUGGCGCGAUGCACGGUUACAUCAAGAAUUUCUUUGGCUGCGCCGAUUGCGCUCAACAUUUCGUAGCGAUGGCCGGAAAAAAUAAAAUCUUUGAUGUUGCUACCGCUAACGAAGGGAUUUUGUGGCUCUGGCGAGCUCACAACGAAGUCAACCAAAGAUUAGCAGGCGAUGCGACCGAAGACCCGGAACACCCGAAAGUGCAAUAUCCAACGGCGGAGCAUUGUCCGCAGUGCCGGGACGACAACGAUCGAUGGAACGAAACCAAUGUUCUCGCUUAUCUCAAGAAAAAGUAUUUCUACUCAGCCAUUAAAUACACAGGCUCUACGAGAUCUCUGAGUUUCGAGAAAAAUCUUAGCGAUCCUAAAUUGAGGGACGAAAGACUCGCGUCUUACGGCGAACGCGUCGCUACAUCGAAAAAAUUCAGCUGGGACUUUACCAUCUUCGAUAUCAGCAUUUGCGUCGUUCUCUACAUCGCUUCCGCUGCUAUUCUCAUUCUCGUUUGCGUCAAAUUUGCAGUUAAACGCUCGUACAAAAAGAGAAUGUAUAUUCACAGUAUUCUGGGCAAAGUUUAAACAUUCCCUUACUUUCCUCAUCUUGCACUUUUUCAAUUAUUAUUAUCAUUAAAUGAUGCUGACACUAUACUAGAAUUAAAUGUGUUUUUAUACAUGUGAAAUUCGAUCAAAAAGCUUCCCAGUUAAUCGAUUUCCCGAGCUACGCACGACUGAAAAUGAUUUAAUUUUAUUUUCUGACAGCUUUUCUAUUCUUGUUUUUCAGACAACUAUUAUCGAUUGAAUAUUGCGUGGGUUUGUGCAUUUUGUUCAAAUUCUCUCUUCAUAUUAAACAAAUUGUGCCAAUUAGUUACCGAUGCAAGGGGGAAUUAUUUUUGUAGCUCGAAUCUGCAAUAUUUUCACGAUACAACAAUAACUGUCGUUUUCCAAAAAUGUAAACGGUCAUUGUUGUCGCAGCGAAAAUAGUUUUCGUCGAGCACGCGUGUGUACAUAUAUAAAUAAUUUAACUGAAUAUCUAUCCCGGUUCAGUGACGAGCCUGCAUUUACUUUUGACACAAUUGUUGCAUCUAAAAUGGUCAUUUUUAUUUCUGUUCUGCGAGAGCGACUUUUACUCUCAUUCGACGAUUACGACGAUUCUAUAAUUGCUUGGUAGCCGAGUUGUGUACGAGUGUUUGAAAAUGUGGGACAAUGUGAUCUCUUUUGUAGAAAAAUUUUAAUAAAUUAUACCUGUGAAUAAUAA